AUGCAUGACUUAGAGGCUCCAUUAAAUGCACAGACACCCCUUGUUCCUCCAGGGGGCGCCUGUGCUGCUUCGUUAAUGAACGAGGGGCCCCUAGGGGGCCCCUCAAUCUCCCUGUCAUCAUCCCCUCAGCACCCGCAGCAGCAACCGCAGCAGCAGCAGCAGCAGGAGCUGCGGCACCCGCAGCAGCAGCAGCAGGAGUAUGAAGAGGAAGAGAGGUUUAAGUUUAUAUGGGUUAUAGUUAAAGAAGCAGCAGGAGUAGAUCUGCAGAAAGAUAUGCAACAGCGCCUACAAGAUAUGGGUGGAGGAGGGGAUGAGCCUCAGCAUCAAGCAAAUGCUGUUGCUGCUGCUCCUCAGCACCCCACAACAGCAGCAGCAACAGCAGAAGCAGUAGAAGCAGCAGCAGCAGCAGCAGCGGCUAAGGAAAUAGGUGAUGCAAACGAAGCAGCAACAACUGCUGCUGCUGCUCCUCUUACACAGAGCCACGAAGAAUCUGUAUCUGGAUCCCCAGCAGCAGCAGCACCAGCACCAGAACCAGCAGCAGCAACAGGAGCAGCAGGAGCAGCAGGAUCAGGAGCUAGGAGCAGCAGCACAAGGAGCAUUGCUUACUACGACUUAAAGGUUCCUCUUACAGGUUUAUUAGCUCUUGCUGCUGCAUACAGCAGCUAUCAUAUGGUUGUUAUUCACAGCUUAAUGGGGCCUGCGUAUGUAUUGCCUGCUUUCUUUGCUAUUUCUCUCUUAGGGGCCGUUCUCCUUUAUUUAAGAAACAAAGAACGCUUUGGUCUUCUAACUGCUACGGGGCUGCAUGCAGGGGUCGAUGUGGGUGUUGUUUUUGUCUUAGCUGAGCUCCUCGGCAUCUUCUAA